AUGCGGUCGCCUCGUUCUCGCUCGCAACAUCAGUGUCUCCUACAUUGCGUGGUCAUCUCCGGUGAGUGGCUACGAGCGAUUUCACUCGCCUUGAUUCCUAAGGAGUCUCCAUCCUGACCACUUGCGCUGAAACACGUUCGCUCGAUCGCCUUGACAAACUCCUUCGCAGCUCCGACACACUGGCAGCUUGUCACUGCUCCGCUCCUGACUCGAUCUCCACGCAGCAUCACUCGCGAUGGCGCCGCUCACAAUCGUCAUCAAGCUGGGCAAGUACAUCCAAGACGCUUCAUGACCCCAUAACCUACACCCAUAACCUACACCCUCAAACUAAAACCCCUGAUCUCACCUCUCCCUCAGGAUCGUCCUCGAUCCUGCACCCCGAACGACCCCACUUCCCCCAAGUCUCGACCCUCUCCGCGGUCGUCGAAACGUGCGUCAAGCUGCGUUCGCUCGGUCACCGCGUCGUGAUCGUCUCCUCCGGCGCCAUAGGUAUGGGCCUGCAUCGCAUGCAGUUACCCGCCUUGGGCCCGGGGAAGAAACGAGCGAUAGGGGAGAAACAGGCCCUCGCGGCGAUAGGGCAGGGGAGGUUGAUCGCCUUGUGGGAUCAGUUGUUUGGUAUGCUGCAGCAACCGAUUGCGCAGAUCUUGAUUACGAGGAAUGAUAUUGCCGAUGUGGGUGGCAACCGCAGGGAGGAGCUCUGAUUAUUUUCGCGGAAAAGCUCUAACGUUCAGGAACUGACACCCUCAUAGAGAUCCCGUUACCUGAACGCGACGACGACGCUCUCGACCUUGUUGCACCUCGGUGUGAUCCCCAUUAUCAACGAAAACGACACCAUAUCCGUUUCCGAGAUCCUACACAUCAACAAAUUCGGCGACAACGAUACCCUUUCCGCUGUCGCGGCGGGGAUGUGUGGUGCCGAUUAUUUGUUCCUUUUGACCGAUGUCGACGGUUUGUACGAGGAUAAUCCGAGGAAAGUACCGGGCGCUAGUAGGGUCAAGAUUUGUAGGGAUAUCGAAGUGGUGAGAAAGAUGGGUCAGUUCAGCGAGAGACCGAUCCGAAUUGUUGUCCCUGUCGAAAAAGACUGACGAUUGUCGUUGCGCCAACAAAAAAAAGUUUCGACGGCCACGCUAGGAUCUUCUUUAGGAACGGGCGGCAUGGAAACCAAAUUGAUCGCAGCCGAACUAGCCAACGGGGCGGGAUGCGCCACCGUCAUCACCCUCGGUUCAGCCCCGCAUCGAAUUGUCGAGAUCGUACAAAACCAUCAUCAGCACCAUCCUUCGUCUCCACCUAAGGCCCCAUCUUCAACGACGAAUUUAGCCUCCGCCACUCCCGACCUAGCUACAACCCACCCUUCCGAAUUUUCCAACACAUCACGCACCCAUUCACACCCCAAUCUAGCAAGCGAAUUACCUCCUCCCUCUUCAACCGAUACGGACCCUCUCCCAGCCGUCGAAUUCGCCCUCGCGAUCGACCCACUUCCUUACACCCUCUUCACGCCCCGUCCACGACCCCUCACUUCCCGUCGCUUCUGGAUCCUGCAUGGUCUCACACCGAGGGGAACGGUCUACGUCGACGAAGGGGCCUAUCGCGUCAUUUCCCGAGGCGAAAGGGAUGGAGGCGGCGGUGGGAAUGGAGGGAGGUUAUUGGCGGCUGGGGUCGUGAGGGUCGAGGGGGUCUUCGCGGCCGGUCAGGCGGUAAGGGUUUGUGUGAUCAAGGGGAGGAAGAAGAAGAAGAAGAGUACUUCUUCUACCUUUGUACGGGAGGGUGUAGAGGUGAAGAAGGAAGGGGUGAAUUCCUUUGCACGAAGGGAGUUGGAGGCUUCGACGAAUCAAUCGAUUCAAAGUCGACCCGUCUCACCCGACCAUUUCGCCGAAAGGGGACGCACGACCGAAUCGCGUUGCGAGACUUUCACCCCGGGUAGUGCAAGUGCAAGUCAGAGUCGUCAUGCUUCCGUAUCGGCGAGUCGGAGAGGCGUCUCGGUGAAUAGGAGUAGAGGGGAGGAAGGGGGUUCGACAAGUACGGUGGGGGGGAGCGGGGCAGGUUCGAGUUCGGGUUUGGAUUUGGGUUCGGAAGAAGGGGAAGAAGUGGUUGAGUUUGGGAGGGGUUUGACGAAUUACAAUUCGGCGGAGAUUGAUCGGGUUAAAGGGUUGAGGUCGUGAGUUUUUACCAGGGCGGUUCGUAAGUAACCCUCGCCGAUCUGAAUGCUUUUUUCUCAGCUCGGACAUUGAGAAGAUCCUAGGCUAUUCCGAAGCGGAGCACGUCGUCGAAUCGAUCGUCGAAGUGAGGAACGAGGCCACGCGUGCGUAG